AAUCAAACUUUUUUUAUCACUACCAUAGUAAGAAAUGGUGUGCACACACAUACACAAAUGUACAAAAUAAAACAGAAUACAAUUGUGCACGCCUCAUUAAUUAUGAGCAAGGGAAACCUGUUUCUAUUAUACUGUGUGUGUGCGUGGAAGGGUGGUGCCCUCGGUCAGCCUGAAGUCCACCCUCAGGCUUCGUCCUGCUCCUGCGGUUGGGUCUGCCACCCUAGUCUCCCCAGCUCGCAGGUCCCGUGGUUGUGGUUGUUGCCCUGCCAGGUUGCAGCCGGAACGGGGCUGGACGGCCGGCUGGACACCGCGGGGGCGGGCGGGGCGCGGCCCAGGGAUCCCGGCAGCAGCUCCCACAGUGGCGGUUCCGGACACGGCGCGGGAUGGAGACGAACGCGGAGGACUGUGUGGCCGCCUGGUGGGACAUGGUCGUGCGGAACGCGCGGUCUGUUCCACAGUGCUGUGAGACACUUGGAAGGAAGAUUGCCACUCAGUACCGCAGCUUUACUAGUAAAUCGUUAAAAGAACACAUUUUCCCUCCUCUGAUGGACAUGUUAGUUUAUUUUAAUUUUUUCAAAGCACCAUUUCUUGUGGAUUUAAAGAAACCAGAGUCAAAGAUGCCUGGCACAGUGAACUUCUAUAUCAAAGUUGAACCUAGGGUGAUUCUGGGAGUCUGGCACACAGUUCCCGCCUGCCGGAGGGAAGAUGCUGAGGGGAAGGACCGUUGCUGGUACGAAGUGGCCCUUCAGGAUGGCAACCCAAUUAUUGUUUACCUUCACGGCAGUGCAGAACACCGGGCAGCACCUCACAGGCUUAAUCUAGUACAGGUGCUGAGUGAUGGUGGCUUUCAUGUCCUGUCUGUUGACUACAGAGGGUUCGGGGACUCCACAGGUAAGCCCACGGAGGAGGGACUGACUGCAGAUGCUAUUUGUGUCUAUCAGUGGACUAAGGCAAGAAGUGGUACCACCCCCGUGUGCCUCUGGGGCCACUCUCUGGGUACAGGAGUUGCAACAAAUGCUGCAAGAGUACUCGAAGAGAAAGGAUCUCCAGUUGAUGCUAUUAUCUUGGAAGCUCCAUUUACCAACAUGUGGACUGCAAGUAUCAAUUAUCCCUUGCUAAAGAUUUACCAGAAACUUCCAGGAUUUUUACAAACACUUAUGGAUGCCCUGAGAAAAGACAAAAUAGUCUUCCCUAAUGAUGAAAAUGUAAAAUUCCUGUCUUCCCCACUUCUCAUCAUUCAUGGCGAGGAUGACAGGACGGUGCCUUUGGAGAACGGAAAACAGCUCUAUGAAAUUGCACACAAUGCAUACAGGAACAAAGAAAGGGUGAAGAUGGUGAUCUUUCCUCCUGGCUUCCAACACAACCUGCUGUGUAGAAACCCCACACUGUUAAAAACUGUGAGAGAUUUCCUGAGCGAGCAGUGGGCAUGAGGUCUGAGAACAGCAGAAACCUUCAGUGAAGACUUGGUCCAAACACCACCUGUGAUACGUAUUUUUUUUUGUGUGUGUGUGUAAAAUGUACUGGGCUGCUUGGAUGAGCUAAAGUCACUGGCAUUUCUACAAGUCACCUGCCAACUAUGAAGCAGGGAUGCAGGGUGGUAUGGAAUGUUCUUUUAGCUUAUCACAGUCUACUUCGUGGAACAUGCUGAAACAUCACUAUGGAGAAUCAACAUUUGGUAAAAAAUGGAUCCCAUAUAAAAAUGUAUAGUUAAAUGAUUUAUAUUUUAGUUUAGUUAAUUUAAAUACCAUUAAAAAGUUCCAGGCAGUUUUCUAGCUUUCCGACUGACAGGGAAAGUCCUAGCAUGUGACUCAAUUUUUUAUAAAAUAAUACCCUUUGGCACUCAGGUAGCCCUGGAAAUUGACACUUUAUUUUUAGCCAAUACAGGUACAUACUUUCCCCUCCCAAUUCCCCGAGAUACUGAACUGGACUGUUAGUUAACUAAACAAAAUAAAAUCAAA